UGCGUCGAAGUUCAGGUGGCCUGCCAGAGAAGCAAAGAAUACGACGGGAAAACUUGAGCUAACCGCUACGCAUCAGAAUCCGCCGAGAGAAUUCAUAUAACCAGUUAUCCUCAUUUCCUAGCGGUUCGCCCUCCCAGUUCCCUGGCUUCGCAAUAGUCAAACAGGGAGAGAGGCCACCGGUUGCACCUCACUCCAUCUCCAGAUAAGGCUCCAGCUUCUGCUGGAUUCUGUGGUCUAGAACCUCUAAACCCUACUCAUAUCUACUUGCGCAUAUCACAAGAUCAAUAGCUCCGGUGAGGCCCCACCCAUGUCCGCCGUUCAAGCGUCACUCCUCUGUCGCCCCUCUUUUCCGCCUGGUUUACACCGUCCGGCUCCCUCUCUCUUACCUCACAGCCGCGUCUCCGUUUCUCCUUAUUCCGUCUCAUUUUCUAUCCCUUACUCCCAUCGCCGGUGCCUGGCUGUCUCUCCAUUUCGCGCAUUGCCUGAGAAACACGAGCCGAAUCCCUACGAAGAUGUUUUAUCUUCGAGUCAGGAAAACAGCGGCCGUGACGAGCCGACCACAAUGGUUGGAGGUUUGGGCUCUGUGGAGAAAUCGUCCGUGGUAGAGGCAAGGGCUGAGGCGCAGCAGAAUAGAUUUCCGUUACUGGUGUUUGUUGUUGGCAUGUGUGAUUUGGUAAGGAGAGGGUUGGGCAGGCUGGCCUUGUUGGAGUGGCUUAACUGGUGGCCUUUCUGGCGUCAGGAGAAGAGGCUGGAGCGUCUCAUUGCCGAGGCUGAUGCGAACCCUAAGGAUGCUAGAAAGCAGAGUGCUCUCCUGGCUGAGCUCAACCGGCACAGACCUGAGUCUGUCAUUAAACGAUUUGAGCAAAGAGACCAUGCAGUUGAUAGUAGAGUGGUAGUAGAAUAUCUGCGAGCUCUAGUUGUCACCAACUCCAUUGCAGAAUAUCUUUCAGAUGAGCAAUCUGGCAAGCCAUCUAGUCUUCCAAUGCUGCUACAAGAGUUGAAGGAGCGCGCAGCUGGAAACGAAGAUGGAUCUUAUCGUAAUCCUGGCAUCUCUGACAAGCAGCCAUUGCAUGUAGUUAUGGUUGAUCCCAAAGCAUCUGGUAAAUCUACAAGAUUUGCACAAGAACUACUUUCAACAAUCAUAUUUACAGUGGCUGUGGGACUGAUGUGGGUAAUGGGUGCGGCAGCACUCCAAAAGUAUAUUGGAAGUUUGGGUGGGAUUGGCACCUCUGGUGCUGGUUCGAGUGCUACCUAUGCUCCGAAAGAUCUGAAUAAAGAAAUUAUGCCAGAAAAGAAUGUCAAAACCUUUAAAGAUGUGAAGGGCUGUGAUGAUGCUAAGCAAGAGCUUGAAGAAGUAGUAGAGUACCUUAAAAAUCCAGCAAAGUUCACCCGCCUUGGAGGGAAGUUGCCUAAGGGAAUUCUUUUGACCGGUGCUCCUGGUACUGGGAAGACUUUACUUGCCAAGGCUAUUGCAGGAGAGGCUGGGGUACCAUUCUUUUAUCGAGCAGGAUCUGAAUUUGAAGAAAUGUUUGUUGGUGUUGGUGCUCGACGCGUGAGGUCCUUAUUUCAGGCUGCUAAGAAGAAGGCGCCUUGUAUCAUUUUUAUUGAUGAAAUUGAUGCUGUUGGAUCUACCAGAAAACAAUGGGAAGGACAUACUAAAAAGACUUUGCAUCAACUGCUUGUUGAAAUGGAUGGGUUUGAGCAAAAUGAUGGCAUAAUAUUGAUGGCUGCAACAAAUUUGCCAGAAAUUCUUGAUCCAGCUUUGACAAGACCUGGUAGAUUCGAUAGACAUAUUGUUGUUCCUAGUCCGGAUAUACGGGGUAGGCAAGAGAUUUUGGAGCUGUAUUUGCAUGAAAAACCUUUGGCUGAUGAUGUGGAUGUUAAAGCUCUUGCUCGUGGUACGCCUGGUUUCAAUGGUGCAGAUCUUGCAAACCUUGUCAAUAUUGCUGCCAUUAAGGCGGCUGUAGAAGGCGCCGACAAGUUAACUUAUGCACAGUUGGAAUUUGCAAAAGACAGGAUAAUUAUGGGCACUGAGCGUAAAACGAUGUACUUAUCCGAGGACUCGAAGAAGCUCACGGCAUACCAUGAGAGUGGACAUGCUAUUGUUGCCUUCAAUACUGAGGGUGCACAUCCUAUUCACAAAGCAACCAUAGUUCCCCGAGGGUCUGCCUUAGGUAUGGUCAUGCAGCUUCCUUCUCAAGACGAAACUUCGAUAAGCAAGAAACAGUUGUUAGCUCGUCUUGAUGUAUGUAUGGGUGGGAGAGUUGCCGAGGAACUUAUAUUUGGCAAAGAGUAUAUAACAACUGGUGCAAGCAAUGACUUACAUACGGCCACGGAGCUUGCUCAAUAUAUGAUUUCAUCAUGUGGGAUGAGUGAUGCAAUUGGCCCAGUACAUAUUAAAGAACGGCCAGGAUCAGAGAUGCAGUCGCGAAUCGAUGCAGAAGUUGUGAAUGUCCUGAGAGAAGCUUAUGAACGUGUCAAGCAGCUACUAAAGAAGCACGAAAAUGCGCUGCAUGCUCUUGCAAAUGCAUUACUGGAGUAUGAAACACUCAAUUCCGAAGAAAUUAGACGAGUCCUCAAUCCUUACCAAGAAGGCCAACUCUAUGAGCAGCAGGAGGAACUUGCAUUGGCUUAGAAAGGGCUGUUCGAAUUCGAAACUAUACUGUACAGUAAUGAAACCACAGGUGACCUCCAUAAAAUUCUUCAAGUCAUUUUUUUCCCUGAUUUUAUACUUUAUGGAAGAUCUGAGAUUCAUCAUCAUAUUCUUAAGAGGACAUUCAUGGCUUAAAGAGAUGGUUUCAGAAUACCGUUGUAGGGAUUCAUAACUUAAAUUUGCUUCAGAGAAAGGUCGGAAAUCUGAGGGUGAACAUCCAAGAGAACUGAGAACAAAAAUGGGUGUUCCUCCUUUGGUAAGAAGCUUGUAUUAGCUUGCUGUUUGUCAUUUAAGUAAUUUAAGUGCUGCAAAUCAGCAAGUUUAUAUUGAUUUUCCAAUUAGUUUUUCUUCUCUUGUUGUCCAAGCUUGAGACCUGGUUUAUCUUGUGCUUCAUGCCUAUAGUUGAGAUGGGUUUUCUGUUUCUUUUAUUUUUAUUUUUUAGUUUGUUUUCUCGUUUGGUAUUUUAGUAUGUUUUUUUGAAUUCAUUAAAGUUUUGUUUUGUAAAUUUAUUGUUAGAGUAGGAACAUUUUUCAGCCUCCGGGCUGCCAGGCUUUUGAUGUAAUUGCUAGGGGCUUGUU